UCCCCAGUCUAUCACACGAGGCCUUGAAGCCAUACCAACACCGACCACUCAUCCACACUUGCCAUCACAAUUUCGAAUUCUACUCACAUCCUACAACCGACGCCACUCUUCACAUACCAUUCGAAUUGACAGGACACUGCUCGACGCCCUCGAAUCUCCCUGUGAUAGUCAAAUCACUCUGAUCAUCAUCUGUCCUGGUUGUCAGUCUCUUAGUCCAACACCGGAGAUGCUUCACCACCAAUGCAGCGAUUAUUGGUGAAGCAAAUUCCUCAUCGCAGCGCAUUACCCUGAAGUCCGAGACUUCUCUCUCUUGUUGGAAUCUAAAGUCCGGCCUCUGGUCUCUUAACCCAUCCCACAUAGUCCAUCAUGGCCUCCGCAAUCAACGAUGACGAACUGUCAAUAUCUCUACCCCAGAACGAACAUACUAAGUCGAGACCUACCUUACCUUCGAUUGCGUCUCCUCCAGCGCGACAAAACCUGAGCCAGACACCCAUAGCGGAAUCUCCGGGCACCGUUCGAGCCAUGAACCGGCUACAUCAGUACACCUUUGUGCGCAAUAUUGGUGAAGGCUCAUUUGGUAAAGUCAAGCUGGCAAGGCAUAAGGUCACUGGUCAGGAGGUGGCGAUGAAGACAAUCAACCGGCGUAAGUUGAUCAGUCGGGAUAUGGCUGGUCGCAUCGAGCGCGAGAUCCAGUACCUACAACUGCUUCGUCAUCCACAUAUCAUCAAGCUGUACACUGUUAUCACGACCAAAACCGACAUAUACAUGGUGCUGGAGUACGUUCCAAUGGAGUUAUUUGACUACAUAGUCAAGCAUGGCAGACUUGGAGAGGCGAAGGCUCGAAAGCUAUUUCAACAGAUCAUUUGCGCUGUCGAAUACUGUCAUCGACACAAGAUUGUGCACCGAGAUCUGAAGCCGGAGAACCUUCUACUUGACAAGAACAUGAAUGUCAAGAUUGCCGACUUUGGUUUGAGCAACAUCAUGACGGACGGGAACUUCCUGAAGACGAGCUGUGGGAGUCCGAAUUAUGCAGCACCCGAGGUUAUUGGUGGGAAGCUAUAUGCCGGUCCCGAAGUCGACGUUUGGUCCUGCGGUGUCAUUCUCUACGUCUUUCUUGUCGGCAGACUUCCCUUUGACGACGAGUUCAUCCCUGCUCUGUUCAAGAAAAUCCAGGCGGGCACUUUUCAUAUCCCCUCACAGACGCCCCCUGGUGCUGUCAACUUGAUCAAGCGAUGCUUACAAGUGCACCCGGUCCACCGCAUCACAAUCCCAGAGAUCCGACAGGACGAGUGGUUCAACAAAGAUCUUCCUCCGUAUUUGCUCGAUCCAGUCGAAGAGUUCCUCGAUACCGGCGUUGAUUCUUCAAAGGCGAUCGAUCCGCGGCAACUUGCACCUGGAAAGCCGGCUGACGUCGUGGAAAGAAUCCACGAGCAAGUGAUCGGUAAGCUCGGACGGACGAUGGGUUAUGCCAAAGAGGAUGUCAAGGACGCCCUAAGCAAAGACGAACCGAGCGCCAUCAAAGACGCGUAUCUCAUUGUGAGAGAAAACCAGUUGAUGGUUGAAGCUCCAGAAUUCCGGACACAGAAUCCUGAGCUGGAAUCGUUUAUGGCAUCGUCUCCUCCCGUUGAGCCUAAUUUUCCUAACUUCCCCAAUCACCCCGGGUCGCCGCUGGGCAACGGGCGCAGGUUUGGAGACGAUGUGAAACCUCUCACACCAACUCGAGGAGACGUUCACCGCACGAGCCGCACGUUAUCAGACACCCCAGCACCAUUGAAGGAAGAAGAGAAACCCAGGAUAUCGAACGUCCGUGUAUUAAACACGUCGCUCCCUCACGUGCAUGAGGAGCUUUUACAGAUCAGAGACAAGGCAAAGGCAAGAGGCGAAGAUCCCGAUUCGAUUCUACAUCCAUCCCAAGAUCCAGACAAGGAUGAAAAUGAAAGUCCCAUCCCUGAAGAAAUCAAGGACGACAAAGGCAAUCCUAUCUACAGAUCUAAAGAGGAACAAGAGGCUACUUCGAGAGCAUUAAAGCCCCAUUCCAGAUCUGUGACGUCGAUGAACACUCUACGAGAACAGAAGCAGCGCCCGGAAGGAAUGACGACCAUGUCUCAAGAGGAGAAGCGCCAAGCUGCCUCGGCCUCAAAAUCAAAACCUCGAAAAUGGCAAUUCGGCAUUCGCUCCCGGAAUGCACCCUAUGAGGCCAUGAAGUGCCUCUACUCUGCGCUUAAGGCCAUGGGCGCUGAGUGGGAGGUUAAUCCCUGGCUUAAAUUGCCACCAGGGGAAGAAGGUGAAGAAGAGAAGGACCCUGGUCCAGCAUUUCCGAUUGACCUGGCACCUGGCGAGCGUCAUGUUGUUCUGCAACAAAAGUGCUCAUUUGUCACUGAAGACUAUUACAUCCCUCGGGAUCCUUACAACAUCCGAGCACGCCUUCUCAAACACGGCAUGUUGAUGCCUGGAGAAGCACCGUCCAUCUCUGCACAUAGUUCUGCUGUCAGCUUGCCGACUGAAGCUCAAAAUCAGCUGAAGAAGCACAUCGAACAGCUCGGUGGAUAUGCGUCAGACGACGUGGCCAAGGCUUUGGGAAUGAGAAUCGAUGCCAACAAUGAGUCCGCCAAGAUCAAAUCUCCCGUUGGAAGUGUGCAAAGCACGAGAACUAACACAGGACUUAGCGAGCAAAGUAGUCAAGGCCAGGAGGCAUUCUCAGGGCCAGGGCAAAUCGUCAGCAGAACUGACAGCUUAUCCACCCUCAAUAAGAAAAUCCCCAGUGAGAAUAUCGGAGUGUGGGUGUUCAUUGAUAUCCAACUGUACACCCUCGAGAGUGGGACAUAUGUGGUCGAUUUCAAAUGCGACGGAUAUCAGAACGUCAUUUGGCACGAUAACAAGAAGGACAGGAGCAAGACCCCUAACACCAGCAGUACAGUCACUAGUCCAACGACCAGCCGACCGACAAGCGGAUUCGGCGAAGUCAGUCAAGGGAGCUAUGAGAAUUGGGACGAUGAAGCAUCAGAGGGGUAUUGGAAACCGGUCAGCAAGCGGUACAAGAACGUGGAGAAGGAGAUCUCCAGUCCAUAUCCAUACCUCGAUGUGGCCAGUGACUUGGUUGCUCAACUGUGGGGUGGUGGUGCUUGAUUGUUACAACAGACUCGGAGCAUGUAGGAUUGAUGCUAGGGUCAUGAUGUUUUCGGCGCGAUGGGAGCUUGAAGAUUCGGUUAAGGGUCAGCAAGGCCUAGGUACACCCCUUCUCAUCAUAAUGGGAAAAUGUCCACGUCGAAUGGGCAAGGUGGACGAUGAGGUCUAGCAGCGUGGAAGCGUAUGUACGAAAUGUUAGCAUGGGAAACCUAGUGAGGCCAAUCUCUGAAUGGAAUGACAAGAUUCAAACAACCUC